ACAUCCGAAAGUAUUUUGUGUUUUAUUUUCGAGGCGUCGGAAGGCUCGAUGAACUAAGACACUAACCGAAUACCAUUACACGGGUAGCCUUGACAUCGUCCAUAAGGUCCUAAACAUAAAUGUUUUAAACAGUUUAAUAUAUUUUAAGUGAAUGUGUUUCUAUGGUUUGCCGUACGAAUAAAUUGUGUUUAUACUGAUAUUCGACUUGUUUAUAUUUAUAUACAUAAUAAUAGUAAAAUAACACUUCAAACGUUUUGAUCGUGUUUAAUACUUAAUAGAUUCGCUUGAAAUAAUUUUUUUUUUAUAUCUACAUUAAACGAACAAGAUUAUAAGAUUAUCUAUGGAUCCCAAUCCACCAAGGCGUGGGAGAGGUCGGGCUCGUGGGGGAUAUCCUCCUCCUCCUAAUCAAAUAGGACAACCACGAGGACCUCCUCCUAACCAAUCAGGGCAACCACAUGGAGCUCGACCAGCACAGGCACCACCAUCACGGCCACAAGCUAGAAAUAUGCCAGGCCAAUCUGGUCCACAAAGUGUUGAACAAGUAACGAGUGGAUUAGGAAACAUGAAAACAGGAGAUGCACUAAUUCCAAUUGGUCGUGGAGCAGUUCGUGGUCGCCAACCUAUAGAAAAUAUAUACUAUAGGAUAGAGAGACCAGAAUCGUCAAAAUCUAGUGAUGGAAAACUAGGCAACGGCGGACAAGACAUUCAGUUGACAUCCAAUUAUUUUCCGAUAACCACUUAUACAGAUUGGAGUUUAUACCAGUAUCGAGUUGACUUUAACCCAGUACAAGAUAAAAUAAACAUUCAAAGAGGCCUAUUGAGCGCACACAAAGAACUUUUAGGAGCAUAUAUUUUUGAUGGAACGAUGUUGUUUAGUAGCAAAAAAUAUAAACCAGACACUUUAGAGCUGACAUCAAAACGAAAUUUUGAUGACGAAAUAGUAAUAAUUACUAUAAAAUUUACUCAAACCAUUGAAAAAGGAGAUCAUGCUUCUAUCCAAAUUUUUAAUUUAUUGAUACGUAAAGCCUUGAUGAACUUAGACCUGUCACUGGUUGGAAGAAAUUAUUAUGAUGAUAAAGCUAAAAUCAAUAUACCAAAGCAUAGGCUUCAACUUUGGCCUGGUUAUGAGACUACUAUUGCAAUGUGUGAUAGUGGUCUAUUAUUACGGUCAGAAAUUUCAACAAAAAUCAUGAGGGAAGAGACUGUUUUAGAUUUUUUAAAAGAAUGUGCUGAAAGUAGAAACAGAGACCCUCAAUGGAUGGUGAAAUUUAAAAUGGGGGUAAUUGGUAGUACAGUGCUGACGCGUUAUAAUAAUCAAACUUACCGAAUCGAUGACGUGGACGAAAAUUCAAAUACCCAAUCAACAUUUAAGAAGAGAGAUGGAUCGAGUAUAUCUUAUAUCGACUAUUAUAGAGAAAAACAUAAAAUAAACCUGAGCAAUCAUCAACAACCAAUGUUGGUAUCAAAGAAAAAAAAAUCAUUUCAAAUUGAAGGUGAUGAAUGUGAGCUGGUCUACUUAGUUCCUGAAUUGUGUACUUUGACUGGAUUAACUCAAAAGAUGAGAGAUAAUCGUUUUCUCAUGACUGAUUUGGCGGUGUAUACAAGAGUAGGUCCCAGUGAAAGAAUCAACAAAUAUAACAGUUUCAUAAAUCGAGUUCUUACUACACCCAAGUCUGCAGAAUCACUAUCUCGAUGGAAUUUAACAUUGAGUAACAAACUCGUUACAUUUAAUGGUCGUGUAUUAACACAAGAAACACUGCAAGGAAAUCAAAUCAAAUAUCCAGCUGGUAAUGCAGCAGAUUGGACAUCUAGCUUACGUGCUGCACCUAUGUUCACUUGUGCUGAAAUAAAACGUUGGGCAGUAAUAGGUUCACAAUCGAAUGGUGGUCAAGUUAGACUAUUCAUCAAGACUCUACUUACAGUUGCAAGAAAAAUGGCAUUUAAUUUACCACCACCUGAAAUAGUUGAUAUAGAUAUUUCAAAUAUAAGACAGUAUUUAACUACUUUGGAUCAAGUAAUAAAUCAAAUGAAUCCGUCAUUUAUUUUAUGCAUCACCAAUCGUAAUGAUCAUUACCAUGUCAUUAAAAGACAACUUUGUGUCAAUCGAGCAGUGCCCUCUCAAGUAGUGUCGAAUAGACAAAUAGAAAAAAAUAAUAUGUCAGUUUGUACCAAAAUUGCCAUCCAAAUCAAUUGUAAGCUAGGAGGAGCACCAUGGCGUGUUGUUAUCCCUGAAAAGAAUAUGAUGAUUGUUGGAUUCGACGUCUGCCACGAUAAACAAAAUAAAAAUAAAUCUUAUGGUGCAUUAGUAGCGACAAUGAAUAAUAGCCACACUGCUUACUUCAGCUGUGUUCAACCACACGAAAGUGGUCAGGAACUUUCAAGCUAUUUUGCAAUGAGUAUUGCGAAGGCUUUAAAUAAAUAUAGAUCCAUAAAUAAAUCACUCCCAAAUAGCAUAAUUAUAUACAGAGAUGGUGUGGGAGAUGGACAGUUAUCAUAUGUCCAUCGAACUGAAGUUGAUAUGGUAAAGAAAACUUGUAAAGAUUUCUACGGGGAGAAUAAAAUUGGAAUGGCAUUUAUUAUAGUUAAAAAACGAAUCAGUACAAGAUUUUUUUGUAGCAAUCCUACAAAUUAUCAAAAUCCACCCCCUGGAACAGUGAUUGAUAAUACUGUCACUGACCCAACUAUGUAUGAUUUUUACUUGGUCUCUCAACAUGUAACACAGGGUACAGUUACCCCAACUCACUAUAAUGUUAUUGUGGAUACUCUCAAUGAAACUACUACUACCAAUAUUACACCCGGAAUUAUGCAAAAACUAACCUAUAAGUUGACUCACAUGUACUAUAAUUGGUCGGGUACAGUGAGAGUUCCAGCCCCAUGUCAACUGGCACACAAAUUAGCAUUUUUGACUGGACAGUCACUCCAAAGUUCUGCAAAUCCCGGUUUGGAGGAUUUACUGUACUUUUUAUAAGCUUUUUCACUGACCACUGAAUAUCGAAUAAUAAUAACAAUUAUUAGAUUUUAGAUUUUGAUACACAAUAUUUGUAAUAUAUUUUCAUAUUUUUCUUAAAAAAAAGAGUAAAAUAUAUAUUAAAUAUAAAAAUAUUAAAUAUUUUUUUUGAGUAAAAUAUAUAUUAUUGUUAAAUCUGAAUACACUAAAAUCUUAUGUGGAUGGUAAAAUUAAAUUAAAAUUGUAACCAAAAAUUACUAAAUUAUUGAAUUAUUAAAUUGAGAUAGGUACUACAAAGUAAUUCACAACUGAUGUUCUGGAGCACAGUAGUGUACAACAAUCUGUCUAUAUGUAGGCAAUGACUGUGGUGGCCAUUUUAUUAAAUUACUAAUUAGUUAUUACCUAUAAUUAUAUUUAAAUAUUUUUUUUUUAUGUAUAAUAUGUAGGUAGAUUUUUUAUAAAAGAGUUGUUUGUUUGUAUUUCUUUAAAUAAAUAAAUUUUUUCUUUCUAAA